GGGCCGGGAAGCGGAGGGAGCCGCGCGGUCGCUCUGCAUAUUAAUGAGCCGGCAGCUUUAAAUGAGCCCUUUUAAAAGAGGACACGCGGGGGAAAGCGGCAGAGCUCGGGCAGCAGCACCGCCCGCAGCCGCUCCUUCCCCUGCCCGCAGCCGCCCCGGGGAUAGGGACCGGGACCGGGACAGGGGCAGGGACCGGGACAGGACCCGGCGAGGGGACAAAUUAAACCCCCCCGGAGCUUUUGAAGCACCCACUGGCUCACCAUGAAGCUCCUGACAGUGGCUUUGCUCCUGCUGUUCAUCGCGAUGUGCUUAGCCAGCGUGGAAGGCGUAAAGUGCAAAUGUUCAAGAAAAGGUCCUAAGAUAAGAUUCUCUAAUGUACGGAAGCUGGAAAUAAAGCCGAGGUACCCGUUUUGCGUGGAGGAGAUGAUUAUCGUGACCCUGUGGACGCGGGUCAGAGGCGAGCAGCAGCACUGCCUGAACCCCAAACGCCAAAACACGGUGAGGCUGCUGAAAUGGUACAGAGUAUGGAAGGAGAAAGGCAGGGUUUAUGAAGAAUAAGAGGAAGUUGCAUGAGGAAUGGAAAGGACUCCCUUGGCUGGUGUAGGACUGGGCUCUGCAGAAGAUUAUUCCUCUCUCACAGACACAAGACAAAUUCUAUAUUAUUAUAAAGCACUUUUUACCAAGGGUCAGUUUUUACAUUUUAUAGCCGCGUGCAAAAGGCUUCCAGAUUUCACGAGCAUCUGAUGCACUUCAGAUUUCACACCUGUCUGCUUUGUAUUGAGGUUGGGAAAACUCAUGCUUUGCAUUUCAAAGAGUUUGUUGGUUUUUUUCGUUCUGUUUUUGUUUUUUGUUUUUUGUUUUUUUUUUUAAUGUUAUUCAUUCAUACUUCACUAUGAUUGCAAUCGAGCUUUAUAAGCUCAUUAAACAAACAGCAAGGUUUGUACAGGUAUUAUACAGCUGUGUCCCUUGCCCUUUCGCGCUGGGAAGGCGGUGGUGCCCGCUGGGGCAUUGCCUUCAUCCCGGGAUGAAGAGGAGGGUGCCACCGAGAUGCCACCCGGCCCAACAUGAGGUCCCUCGGCUCAUCAUCGAGUGAGUGUGACCACCCCUGUGUACCUCUUCUCUUACGGACUCGGGGUCUGGCUGCGAGGUGAAGCGAACCACACAUUCCCAUGUCAGAAAGCAUUUCCAGCUCGGUUGGUUGGUUUUUCUAUUACCACUAGGGAAAUUAUUUUUGCUUUUCCCACCUGAAGUUCUUACGGAAUGUUUGUGGCUUCAGUACUGAGACAUUUUAAGCUUCAAGACUAUUGUGUAUGAUUUCCUAGAUUUGUAGAAAAAAAAAAAAAAGCCUUCAAAAGGUACCUUUUUAUGAAAAAUAUCAUAGGGCAAACAUAUAAAUACCUAUAUAUGUUUUAGUCACAAUACAACAUAUUCAUUAUUUUGAAUGUAAUACUUCAAUGUUAAGCAGUGCAUUCCUCUUUUUAAAA